AUGUCGCGGGGUGCAACUGGCAAACCCUCCGCAAAGCCCGCCAGGCCCGGCGCGAGGUCGUCCUCCAAGCCGUCCUCGAAGGUGCGCGCGCCGAAACGAACCAAAGGCGGCACGCAGUCGUCGCGCAACCACCGCUUCAAGGGCUUUUCGCAGCGCAUUGCAGAGCUCAAAAUCGAACCCGUGCGCCGCGGUCGCAACGCCAUUAUCGACGAUGCCGAACUCGAAAGCACCUUUUCGUACUUCAGAGACUCCUUCUUGGAGUGGAAAGAACUUAACCUGUCGGAAAACUUUGUGCACUUCUCCCGCAAGGUGUCGCCGCUGUGCGAUAGCCUUCCGCAAGUUCUCCACCACAGCGACCGCAUAAUCGACCUGCUCGUUGAGUUCAUAGAGAAAGGCGAGAAAUACAGCGAGGAGCCUUUGCUCAGUCUACUCGCACACCUGGCACACGACCUGGGCGAGCAGUUCGAGAAGCACUUUGAGAGGGUCGUCAAGACCGUGGCGCACCUGGCGGCUACCCAUGCCGAAAUCGAAGUAAUAGAGUGGAGCUUCACCUGCCUGGCAUGGCUCUUCAAGUACCUCUCCAGGCUUCUGGUACCAGAUCUCCGGCCAACAUUUGAUCUGAUAUCGCCACUGCUGGGACGCGCACAACAGAAAGCAUUUGUCGCGCGUUUUGCCGCAGAGUCACUCAGCUUCCUCGUCCGCAAAGCCGGAGCCGCAUACCACCGAGACAAGACACCCCUUAGAUUGAUCGUCAGACGCAUCUCUGGGCAGUUGAAAGAGCUACAGGAUAACGAGAAGGACUAUGAGUUCCAGCAGGGGAUAAUGUUCCUGCUCGCAGACUCGCUCAAGGGGAUACACCGCGGCAUUCACUCCAGCGCUACAGCAAUACUCCAGGCAUUGUUGGCCGAGGCGUACCACGACGAUUAUGUGUCUUUGCAAACACCACCGCUCGAACCAGUUCUGGUGGGCGUCGUCACCGCAGUCAUCCACCACACGGAUGCGGAAAACUUCAACCCCCUUCUCGACAUCAUUCUUGCUCAAAUUCAGUCAGCCAGUUCGCACCAUGCGGCGUUGUCAUCACGAUUGCUGUUCAUCGUCUGUGGUGUUCGGAGAGGUUCCCGUGUCCAGGACUGGAAACCUGUGCUUGCUUCUCUCGAUCAUGUGCUUAGCGCAGCAAAGAACAUGGCAGACCUCGAGUCUACCGAAGCCUGGGACCUUCUGUCAGCGACUGCCGUUGUGUUCCAAUACUGCGCCCUCGAUGCCGCGAUACCCUACGAGAAGCUGCUAGAAGGCCUCACCAAAGGGUCUUGGGACAGAUACUUUUUACCCUUCUGCAACAUGUUUGCGGAGCUUGGCGCUGAAAGGUUCAAGACUCUCCUGCUGCCAUACUUCAAGCGAUUUGUUGCUCAGAAGGCGCACGAACAUGGACCGGAGCUUUGCAUCAUACUUCCUCAACUCUAUCAGAGCGGCACUAUAUCCGCGGGUGCCGUUCACACGUCAGACCGUUGGCAAGCGCUUCUCGACAGCCCCUUCCAUGAGCUCUCCAAGGUGCAGACAGAAGAGGCAGAUUUGGAUAAGUCCACCUACCAUUGCAACGCCUUACUUGAUGCACUGGAGAUUCUUGCCGUACCCGAAGACAAGACAACAAGCAUCUGGGACGAACUCAAGGAACUAUUAGGAACGGCUAUACGAGUGGAUUCGACUGGAAAGGCUCGCAAGACCGAUAUAUUUGGCACUGGAAAGGGCCUCCAGUACCUGGUGGAUAAGUCAGUCGACGAUCAGACUUUUGCGCUUGAUUUGUGGCCUUCACUGUGUCAAGCCACACCGGUUUAUGCGCAUUCCCUUUCGUUCUGGAAGGCGCUGUUCAGUUUAAUGCAAAAGAAGAAAAAGGCCAUUUCAACGAGCGGCCCUCAUAUGGAGCCUUUAAAGCGCCAACUCAUGCGUUGCCUGGGUUCACCAUCUCACGACAUGAGGUUGACAGCCAUCUAUAUUCUGGAGAUCAUUGCAGGCAAGAGUGAGAAGCUGCAAAACAUCAUAUCCGUUGCGAUGAUGAUAGAGCAGACACCACUGGAUCUCGAGAACCAACGCUCCAUUUCAAUGCGCAUAGGUCAGUUGGCGAAGCUUUAUCCUGAGAUUUGCGCAGAUGAGUGGAUGGGCGAGGCGAUACCCACAUUCUGCUUCGGCCUGUUACAUGUGAGAAUGGCGUCAGUCUGGGACGACACUUGUGCAGCACUCAAAGCCAUAUGCGACACCAAAGAAGGCGAAGGCUUUGUCUCGCAAAUUGCCUUUGCCUGGCUUGGUGAACCGGAGAGCUUAGAAAACUCCGCAAGUGGGCUCGCUAAGAACACUGCGCAGAAGCGGUAUGCAAACGAGUUCGAGUGUACCAACAUAUUCCGAUUGCAAGACCUCGUUUCCAACAAUCAAGAGCUAUCGUACAACAUUGACGACAAGCUUGAGGUAACGUUCGACAGCAAGCACCCACAGGUUUCCUUCAUCAAUUCUUUCAGUAGGACACAAGCUUUACGUCUGCUGAAUGCGUUACCGCAAGUCGCCGAGAAACGUUCGCGUCUCCUUGUACCUGUCCUCCUAGACUGGGCGCUGGACCAGCCGGUUGCGGAGAUUCAGGAUGAGGACGAUAUGAUCGAUGAGAUACCUGUGUCAACACAACAACGAUGGUCGCGAAAGGAUCAGAAAGCUAUGUUGUCUGUCUUCUCAAAGUUCAAUAACCCGAAGGUUCUUUUCCGAUCUAGUGAGGUCCGCGAGGCUCUACUAUCGUUAUUGAGCAACGGCGAUGUCGAAAUUCAGAAAACCGCUCUUCAGGCGCUCCUAACAUGGAAAGACCGUGCAGUGACACCGUACCAGGAAGAGCUGCUUGGCUUACUUGACGAUGCUCGCUUUCGCGAUGAACUUCCUGUUUUCCUCAGCGAAGGCAAGAUCCAGGACAGUGAUCUCGCAGAAGUUCUACCCAUCAUCCUGCGACUACUGUACGGCAAAGUCAUUGCGGGCAAGCGAGGGCUGGAGUCGAAGAGGAAGUCCGUGUUCAUUGGACUGAAGAACAGAUUCGGGGAUGACGCCAUUCACCAAUUCCUGAGCAUCGCGUUUGGCCCUCUCAGUGGUGCAUCCGUCCUUGAAGAUGGCGCACUCGAUGAGGACUUAUUACGCAAGGAUUUGAUUGACACUCGCAAGCAGGUUGGUAUGUUGAACAUGCUCGAUGACUUGCUCAGUACGUUUAAGACGACAUUCACACCAUUUACCGUCGACGUCGUGGAUCCCAUCAUGUAUUGUCUCGUCAAAGCGUCACGAGAUCUGCAGGCAGCCGCAUUGGUAGGAGAGGAGGCCGACGUUGACGAUAGCCGUAAGUUCCAGGUUUCACUGCUGAGAACUGUCCGCCAACGCGCCCUACAAUCUUUGGCUAGGCUGUUUGAAAGUUGUCCGGACUUCAACUGGUACCCAUAUACAGCAGCAAUCGUCAAAGAGCUUGUCGAACCAAGGUUGGAACAGUUCCCUAUCGAGACUGCUCAGUCCAUCUCCGGUCUUCUUCGACUGUUUGCAUCAUGGUCAAAGGCCACAUCAACAGCACCUUUCCUCGUCGAACACAACAAGGAAAUUCUCAUCAAGAUCAUCGACUGCCUGGACGUACCUUCGGCUAAGGAUGAAGUGAAGCAGUUCGUUCUGGAUGACAUCCUCCGCAACAUCUUUUCACUUGUCGCUACAGAGGAACAGUCUACAUCUGUAGAUGCAAAGCUCCAGCGGAAUCGCAUCCAUACGGAUAUCAUCCAGCCAUACUCAAACGCGAUUUUGAGUCGAGUAGGUGGCCUUCUCCGGAAAAGCCCCAGCAAAGAAGUGCUCGAGUCAGGAGUUUUGGCUAUUGCCGACCUCGCGCCUCACGUUGUUGGAUCGACUGAGUCCCGUAGCAUGAUCGAGAUCGCAACUUUCCUUAUCCGACAGCCAUCGAAGCGGGUCAAUCCGAGGACGAAACUCGGCUUACUCAAGAUCCUGCACGAGUUUAUCCAACGGUGUGACGCAAAAAGCUUAGGAGAGCUUUUCAAUGGUAUCUACGAUGCUAUAUGUCCUAUGUUCGCUUUCUUCCAGGACCGAUCUGCUCGCAGUGUUCUUUGCGACGUCGUUCAGGACCUGUCUGGAAACAGAGAGGAAUUGGCAGACGUUGCAAAGCUCUGUCAAGAACUCAACUCGUUCGCAAAAGGACGGGUGGACGAACCUGACUUCGAGCGUCGUUCACAAGCCUUCAACCAGAUCAACGACCAGGGCUAUCGGUCGUUCUCGCUCAUGCAGUGGAAGCCAUUGGUGUACAAUAUGCUCUACUUCAUCAAAGACAACGACGAAUUGAGCAUUCGAGUGAACGCAUCAUCGACACUGCGCAGGUUCAUCGAAGUUUCUCAAGAUGACGACUUUAGAGCUUUCAUCACUGCUGCGAUUAUACCCGGGAUACAGCACGGAAUGCGUGAGCAGUCCGAGCUUGUUAGGACAGAGUUCCUGGCUGUUACAGAACAGCUGGUGAAGAGCCAUCGCGACUGGGCUCCGGUCGCUGACCUGUACGCCCUUGUCUCGGAUGAUGAGGAGGCUUCUUUCUUCAGCAACGUGUUGCACAUCCAAGGCCAUCGAAGGCUGAGGGCUCUUCGCCGAUUGGCUGCUAACGCUUCCCAUUUGCAGCCGGGAAACACCUACCAUAUCCUCUUGCCGUUGUUGGAGCAUUUCGUGUUCAACAAAGCAGACGAUGAUAGUGCCGACAACCUUGCUGGAGAAACAAUCCGUACUCUUGCUGCCUUGGUCGAAUGGCUGGAGUGGCCUCAGUUCAGAUCCCUUUUCAAGCGCUACAUCGGCUAUCUGACCAGUAAAGAAGACAUGCAGAAAGCUAUUGUGCGACUGAUUGGUGGCCUCAUGGAUGGUCUCAAUCAAGCUGGAAGAAAGAAGGGAUAUGUUACUGCCUCACAACCCGCAGCAGAUACCGAUGACACUCCAGAAGCAGAGCCAGGCGCUAAUGCGGACGUGAUGGACAUCGAUACCCCUACCUCCACACUAUCGAAAACACUCCCACAACAAGACAAGCUUACUAAGGACCUUGUCAACAACUUUUUGCCAGACUUGACAGCUUUCCUCCACAAGAAAGACGAAGCAACGACUAGUUUACGUGUACCUGUCGCGGUCGCGCUGACGAAGGUUCUCCUUGUUCUUCCAUCCACAGAGAUCGAGGGACGCCUUCCUGGCGUUCUGCUGGACAUCUGCCACAUCCUCAAGAGUCGAACACAAGAGAGUCGUGACCAGUCAAGGAAGACUCUGAGUGAGAUCGCUGUGCUCACUGGACCAAACUACGUUGGCUUCAUUCUCAAGGCUUUGCGCACUGCGCUUCAGCGAGGUUACCAGUUACACGUGCUGUCUUACACUCUGCACUACAUUCUGGUUAACAUGGCCAGCCAGCUGAAACCCGGUGACCUCGACUAUUGCGUUGCGGAUGUUGUCGACAUCGUGAUGGAUGACACCUUCGGCGUUACUGGACAAGAAAAGGACGCAGAAGAAUACAUCAGCAAGAUGAAGGAGGUAAAGAGCAGCAAGAGCUUCGACACAAUGGACAUCAUCUCCCGCUCAAGCACUCCUGCUCAUCUCAUCAAACUCAUCAAUCCGGUCAAGUCCUUGCUUCUCGAAAGGAUCAACGCGAAGAUGGUGCAGAAGAUCGAUGAGCUACUGCGUCGUAUCGGCCUGGGUAUCUUGCAAAACCCAACAGUCUACAGCAGAGACAUUCUCGUUUUCUGCUACGAACUGAUCCAGGAAGUAUACAGAGCUAGCGCAACAACACAGAAGGGUGACAAGACGGAUCCGAAGUUGAGGCGAUUUCUCGUCAACAGAAGGGGCGCUGCCAAGUCCGGAGCGCGUUUGUCAACGUCAUCGUACAUCUACAAGAUCACACGCUUCAGCUUGGAUAUCCUAAGGACUGUACUUCGUAAGCAUGAUGACCUCCAGACGCCACAAAAUCUGGCUGGGUUCCUGCCGAUCAUCGGCGACACGAUGGUACAAGGGCAAGAGGAAGUGCAAGUGUCAGCUGUUCGUCUACUUACUGCUAUCAUCAAAGUACCCAUGGACGAGAUGGAUGCCAAUUGUCCUGUGUAUGUUGAUGAAGCUGUGCGGGCGAUCAAGGGUGCCCACUCAUCGAACACCGAGCUUGCGCAGGCUUCACUUAAACUAGUAGCAGCUGUGCUUCGUGAGAGACCCAACGUGGUUAUCCGCGAGCGAGAUAUCGGUCACCUGAUCAAGCGUUUACUGCCGGACCUGGAUGAGCUUGACCGCCAGGGUGUAAGCUUUGGUUUCCUGAAAGCUGUCAUGAGUCGUCGCAUUGACGUACCCGAGGUGUAUGAAGCCAUGGACAAGGUUGCAGAGAUGAUGGUUACCAACCAGACAAGAUCAGCCAGAGAUUUGGCUCGGAGCCACUACUUUCAGUUCCUGACGUCGUACACACAGAGCGAGAAGCGCUUCAAGAAGUCCAUGGAGUUCUUGCUCAAGAAUUUGCGCUAUGAACACGUUGAAGGUCGGCAGUCGGUCAUGGAAGCCUUGGACCUCAUCAUUACCAAAGCUCUGCCCAGGUUCCCGGAGAAGGCACAGUUCGAUUACCAUGGCAUGAUCUUCCUACCGCUCAUCAACACGCUUGCCAAUGAUGACUCCGCCAAAUGUAGAGAGCUUGCCAGUUUACUUGUGAAACGUUUGUUCCAGCAUGCGAGCGAAAAGCGGCUGCAAAACUUUACGAACGAUCUAAAGAGUUGGCUCGAGCAAGGCGAGAAUACCGGUCUGAAGCGCCUUGGCAUUCAGUGUUGGGGCUUCUAUUUCGAAGCGCUUGACACUGAAGAUGAUGAGCCGAAGGAAUUAUCAUAUGUGCUGGACGGACUUGAUUCUACAAUUGACGAGUCUCUGGCGCGGCGCGAUGAGGAUGACUGGGAACUCCUAUAUUACUCAUUGACCCUUAUCUCAAAAAUCUGCAAGAAGUAUCAAGAUACGAUGCUCUCUGCCGACAAGGAGGGCCUGUGGACUGCAGUCCAGGUAAGCGUUUCAUAUCCCCACGCUUGGGUCAAGCUCAAAGCUGCUGAAUUGAUGGGCACAUACUUUGCUCAUCUCGCCAUCACCAACAAGGACGUUGGCCUCGGCGCGCUUCCGCUCAAGGGAUCUGGCGGCUUGCAAUUGGCCGAACAAAACAUGAUUCAGCUCACCAAUGCUUCGCUGAGGAAUUUGCUCAACCCAGAUGUGUCAGAACAACUGUGUACGCAAAGUGUCAAGAACAUUGCCUUCUUGGCGAGAUGCUUGGCCGUCAAUGACGCGAAGUGGCAGUGGCACAAUGCCGACGACGAAGAUGAGGUCGAGGAAGUACCAGAGACAAAUGCCGCGGAUGACGACGCUUCUUCAGAAGAGGACGUUACUAUCAGCAAGAAGACUCCACCCGCGGCCAUCCACCGUCUCAUGAUCCGCCUUUCCGGUAUUAUCCGCCGCGACACAAGCUCCAUGAAUGCCAAAACCGCAAUCAUGAAUCUUCUCGAAACGAUGGCGGCUAAGUUCCCUCUGGAACCCCUCACCACCUCGCUCCCACACCUCCUCACAACAUUCAAUACCCUUGUCGACCCCGCUACUACUAUCCCGCGCGCCCACACCAACGCCUCUUCCACAUCUCUCAAUGAGCCGAACGAGCUUUACAAGGCUCUCAUUGACAAGGCAAGGGAGACCAUGAACACACUACAGAAGCGUAUGGGCACACAAGAAUAUCUCAAGGUCAUGAGUGACGUGCAGAAGGCGGUCAGGGAGCGCAGAGAUGAGCGCAGAAGGAAGAGAAAGGUCGAGGCCGUGGCUGAUCCGGAGAAAUGGGGGAAGGAGAAGAAGAGGAGGAACGACAUCAAGAGGGUCAAGAGAAAGGAGAGGGGUGCUGAGCACCGAGGUCAAAGGAGGGGAUGGUAG